CGACCACCAUCAGCAGUCAGCUGCAUACCUUGAAGACCUAGGUCCAACAGCUGCAGUCGACGAACGCGGAUGACAAUCCGAAGAUGUACAAGAUGCCAACUUUCCAACUGGACAAGUUCGACGACUACACGCAGCAGGAUCCGGUCCUCUGGUGGGAAGCAUUCACGACGCAACUCAGGAUUCUGCCCGUAGCCAAGCAUGUGUACAUCGGAGCCCUGUUCCUGAACUCAAAGGGCGGAUGCCAGACCUGGUUGAGCCACCUGGCAACCUCCCACGGCGUCGACGUAUCGGACUUGAAGGACAAGAUCACAUGGGAGGAACUGACACGGCUGUGGAAGAAGCGGUUCAUCGCCGACGACGCACCGACACUCGCCAUCAACCGUUUGUUCACCAUGUCACAGGGCAACACUGCAACACGGGACUGGCUCACAGAGUGGCAGAAGAUUGCGGCAGUGCCCAAUCUGGACUUGCCAUUCAUACAUCUCAGACGUGAGUUCUACAACAGAUCCUGCGCUGCAUUGAGCCAGGCUCUUGCUGAUCGCGAGCAAUACUCCACUUUCACCGAGAUUGUCGACAAGGCCAGAGAGAUCAUCAAGACCAACAGGUCWGCUGCAAACGAGAAGUCAACAUGGCAGCCGACUUAUGUGGAGAAGGUACGAACUGGUCCGCGACAGCAGCACUUCGCUGCAGUCCAGUCGGACAGUGGAGAUAACCCAACAGCCAGUCCAGCAUCAAGUGACGGAUAUCAGGUGGCUGAUGUCCAGUGGCGAAGCAACAACAAGUCCCGCAAUAAUGGGAAGGCGAAAUCCGAAUCGCAGGUCGGAAAUGGACAGCCAGUACAAGUUCCAUGGGUCAAGUUCGGCUUGACCGAGACGGAGUACAAGGUUCGCGGCCGCUACGGCAGCUGCUAUUGGUGCAACAGCACCAAGCACAAGACCUCCCUGUGCCAGGAUCAGGGCAAGGAGGAUACGAUCAGAAACGCCGGCCCUCUCCCACGCAUCAACGAUCUUCUCGAGCGACUGGGCGGUGCCAAGUUCUUCUCCAAGCUCGAUCUCAAGUCGGGAUACCACCAACUCGAGAUUCGCAAGGAGGAUCGCUACAAGACCACGUUCAAGACACGCCGGAGUUUGGAGGAGCAUGUGRAACACCUGCGCACCAUUUUGGAGCGACUACGACAAGCCAAGUACAAAGCCAACCACGACAAGUGCGAAUUCGCGCGGCAGGAGCUGGAGUACUUGGGCCAUUAUGUGACGCCGCAAGGCAUCCGUCCGCUCGUGGACAAGAUCGAGGCCCUACAAGUAUGGCCCGAGCCCACCAACACCACGGACGUUCGUUCAUUCAUGGGAUUGGCGGGCUACUAUCAGCGAUUCAUCACCGGAUACUCAAGGAUUGUUGCACCUAUGACGAGGUUACAGUCGCCAAAGGUGCCAUUCGUAUUCGAUGACGACGCACACCGGUCAUUCCAAGCACUUAAGACGGCUAUGCUCAUGGCACCCGUCCUUAGCAUCUAUGACCCCACCUUGCCGACGAGAGUGACUACGGACGCUUCCGGCUAUGGCAUUGGGGCAGUCUUGGAACAGCACGACGGCGACGACUGACACCCUGUGGAGUAUUUCAUCCACAAAGUGCCUCCCAUCAACUCACUUGAUGAUGCAAGGAAGAAGGAGUUGCUCGCAUUCGUCA